CAUUCACCAUGUCAAAAUCAAAACCAUUAAAUAACUGUUUUUAUCUCCUUAUCUAAGACGACACAUUCCACGGUUUCAGACAAUAACUGUUUCUUCACCUUCUUCUUAGAACUGUUCUUUGUCUGUAUGUUGCCACAAAUCAUAGGUAAAUCAAUGAAUUUAUCUUAAAAUAUCAUUGUCUAGUACAUAGGUCAAUGAGAUUACUUGCAGCCUACUCAUCCGAAAGCAACUUGCAAAUGUAAUGUGCAUACCACUCUUUGAAACCUUCAAUAUAAAGAACUCAACAAAGGUUAUUUAGAUUACAAGCAAACAAAGAAACAGCUCCACUCUUUCAGGCCAAAACAAUGAAGACCCUUUUUGUCCUUUUACUUCUUCUUUUCUGUGCUUUGGCUAUCAAUGCGAAUCAACAAGAAGAGAUCAAUCAGGAGAAUCCACCAACAAUAUAUCAUCAAAAGCUGCUAUACAAGGUCCAACAAUGGAGAACAUCUUUAAAAGAAUCAAGUGCUGCAGAACUCAAGCUAUCUUCAGCGAUCAUUGUGGCUGGAGUGUUAUGUUUCUUUGCUUCCUUAAUCUCUAGCGCAGGUGGAAUAGGCGGUGGAGGUUUAUUCAUUCCAAUCAUGACUAUAGUUGCAGGGCUAGACUUGAAAACAGCUUCAAGCUUCUCUGCUUUUAUGGUAACCGGUGGAUCCAUUGCAAAUGUAAUCAGCAAUCUCUUUGGUGGAAAAGCCUUGCUUGAUUAUGACUUAGCCUUGCUUCUUGAGCCUUGUAUGCUUCUAGGAGUGAGUAUUGGUGUUAUCUGCAACAGAGUUCUGCCUGAGUGGCUCAUCACUGUUCUUUUUGCGGUGUUUCUGGCUUGGUCUAGCUUGAAGACUUGUAGAAAUGGAGUCAAGUUUUGGAAAAUUGAGUCUGAGAUUGCGAGAGGAAAAGGACAUGAGAGGCCCGAGAAAGGACGAGGCGAAAUAGAGGAGGAUACUAAGAACCUUAAAGCACCUUUACUUGAAGCUCAAGUUAAUAAAAACAAAUCAAAGCUUCCAUGGACAAAACUUGGUGUCUUGGUUAUUGUUUGGGCGUCUUUCUUUGUUAUUUAUCUUCUCCGUGGGAAUAAAGAUGGCAAGGGAAUCAUAACGAUAAAGCCUUGUGGUGUGGAGUAUUGGAUUCUGCUUUCACUUCAGAUACCUCUUGCUUUGAUUUUCACAAAGCUGGCUCUCUCGAGAACAGAAAGUCGCCAAGAAAGUUCCCCAAGUAAUCAGAAAAAUCUAGAAGAUACAAGACUGGACCAGUCCACGCGGUUAAUGUUCCCGGUAAUGUCAUUUUUAGCCGGUUUAUUGGGAGGUAUAUUUGGUAUUGGAGGUGGAAUGCUUAUAAGCCCUCUUCUUCUUCAAGCUGGGAUACCACCACAGAUAACAGCAGCAACUACUUCUUUCAUGGUGUUCUUCUCAGCAACAAUGUCUGCAGUUCAAUACUUAUUGUUAGGAAUGCAAAACACAGACACAGCUUACGUCUUUUCCUUGAUUUGCUUCUUUGCUUCGCUACUGGGACUUGUUUUGGUUCAGAAAGCUGUGGCUCAGUUUGGAAGAGCUUCCAUUAUAGUGUUCUCGGUUGGGACAGUGAUGUCUCUGAGCACAGUCCUUAUGACAAGUUUUGGAGCUCUUGAUGUUUGGACUGAUUAUGUGGCAGGCAAGGACAUGGGUUUCAAGCUGCCAUGUUAAGACAUGUGGGUCAUCAACAAACAACAGAGAUCUAUCUAAACAAGAUCACCAGUUUCUUUUUUUCGUCUUCUUUUUCUUGUUUUCACAAUAGAGGCUCUGAAUUGACACUUCUAUGUAAGAGGUAAAUGGGAGCAAAAUGGCAUUGUAAUGUUUAUAUGUUUUAGUAAAAGUUAAUAACUUUGGGGAUGUAACUAUAGCUAAGACCUUCACUGGAA